CCAGGGGGCGCGCGCCGGCUGCCUCCGCGUUCCGAAGGCGAAUGUUGGCACCUUUGAGUCUCCAUGGCAACGCGACGCUUCCCCUUCCGGACAGCAGCGCGCUGAUCCGGGCAGAGAGGGUCGGGGCUGCGGCCGGCCUGAGAGCGGAGGCGGAGAGAAACCCCCGCACCCCCCCCUUCCCCUCCCCCCCGGAGUGCGCCCCGGGAUGCCGCUGAAGGUGGCGGUGGAGCUGCAGAUCCACGCGGUCACUUGCCCUGGUGUGGUCCUGCCAGAAAAACAUGACAUUUAUCUCAGUGUCUGCAUCAUGGACCAAUACAAGGAGACAGAAUGCCUUCCUCCAAUUUUCCCUCUCUUGUUUCAUGAGAAGAUGUGGUUUGAAAAGGUAUUUGAAAGUGCUGUAGACCCUGCUGCUGUAACAGAGAUGCUUGAAAGCAAUAUAAUAACGUUUGGAUUAAUUCAACUAGUAUCUUCAGUGGGGGACAAUCUCGCUUUUUAUGAAGAAAAUACUCGAGAUUUUCUCUUCCCAGAGCCCAAGCUGACUCCUGUGUAUCCUGGUGUGGAGAGAGAGUUACUAAUGAAAACGUCUCCUAGUUUCCCAGGAAUUGCACCAAAAAUAGAGUUUUCUACAAGAACAACCAUUACUGAGCUUCCACUUCAAAAUAGAAAGCAAUUUUAUCAGGGCAGAAACAGAAUGAGGACACAAAGAUCUGCAUCUGUAUUACCCAGGCUAAGGAGCAUUUCACCAGCACGAUGUAAGACAACAAAGAAAAAGGAUAAUAAGAUCUGUAAGAGCCUUACAAGAUUAUUAAGAUCCCGCUCUCCAUCUCCAAAUGCUACAAAGCACCUAUGUCAGCUCUGCAAAGAAAACCAACUGCAGCAGUCAAGGUUAAGCCUGGGGUCUGUUCGGUACAAACUGUAUGCUGAAACCAGGCCGCCAUUUGUUGUUAGACACGUAGACAGUUCUAACCCAUUUGGUGAAAAAACUUCAUCACAGUUACCUUAUCGAAACCCAAAACAAAAUGUGAGCUCGUCAAGGAAUUCGCUUGAAUUUCAAUUGAAACAAGCUUUAUCUUUUGAUAGCUGUGAAGCAUCAAAUGCCUCAGUUAAGGUUAUCAGGGAACCAGAUGAACAGACCACAUCUGAACAUGAUUCAUCAUCUGUUGAAACAGAUGAACUUGUAAAUUACCCUGGCAGUUCUCCUACUCAAGGAGAUUUGACAUUUCACCGCACGGCAUCAUUUGCCACCUCCCCACAUUAUAGAUCACCUAGUCCUGUUCGGAGUCACUCUCCUCUGCAACAAAGGUUAUAUUCCAAUCCUCAUUUCAGUUGGGAAAAGAUCCACAAGAGAGUGCAGAAUCUCCUAACCUCAAACCAGACAAAGCAGAAACUUUCCUUUGGAGCCACUGAUUCUGAAAUUGACGAUGUCCUUGAAAGAAGGUCCAUCUCUUUGAGGAGUUCCCCUCAGGAUGACUCAUUGGAGCAAAGAGAUUACUAAGUAGUUGUCAUCAGAAAGUUUCAGAAAGCUUGUGAAAUGCUUUUGAAGAAUAGGGUGUGCCUGUAUACAAAGGGGGCAGAAGCUCUGAAGCUGCUUUGGAUCUGGCCUCUAAACAAAACAUGAAUAAAUCCUCAGUAUGCUGAAGAAAUUUUGUAGAGCUGAAGCUUAAGGCAACGAACCAACACAAUCUGGAUGUUAUGCUUCAGUGCCUUGGAAACAGACAUUUAAAUGCACCUAACUUAAUUGUACUGUAAGCAUGUAUUUAUCUUUCUAACAGCAUUCCUUGUGGGAUAUUCCUCAGAGAUGUGGAUUAUCUAUUGCUAUAAAAUAAAUUGCUUACAACUAUUAAACAGUCCUUGCUAAGGCUCCAGACCUGCAAAGGGAUUAGUGUAGCGUAAGUGUCCACACACGAGGAGCAUUUUGCAGAGUCAUGGGGUCUAAAAUAUUUUUUUUUCCUUUAAGAGUUGCUCUGGAUUAAAAAUAGAGAGUAAAUGUUGCUUUUGUGGCUUUGUCAGCUACUCUUGUCUUGGAAAAACCAAUGUCUCAGAUCAUGCCUCCAAAUCAAUUCACGGAGUAGACUCUCUAGAUGCAAACUGCCUGCUCUGUGUGGAAACGGGGCACAACUUCCUCCCUGGCACCAUUUCCUCUCCCUCUCCCAUACAGUGGAGCUGGGCAGAGGCUACUGCUGGUGUAGGGGCACAGGUUCUCGGUGCAGAUCACUCUCACCUCCCAAUGAUCCCCAGGGAGCUACCAGAUUUGAGGAGGGCAACACAACCUUGUCAAUAGGUUGGCAAACCCAGGCCGCCAACAACAAGCUGGUGAGAGCAGCAGGGUUCUUCAUGCCAGGAGACUUCCUUUCCCGGCCCCAUCCUUCCUUGUUUAGUGGAGGCAUCACCCUGUUUUCUAAAGCAACAUUACCUACUGAGCAGCCAGCUAAGAGAGAGAGAGAGAAAGCACUGAGCUCCAUAUGCACCUUUCAUUUUAUGCUGCAAGCACUGGUGCUAGAACUAGGGGUGCUGGAUUGAAGCAGUAAGACCGAACACCAGGGUUUCCAUCAUCAGCAAGCCCCCAAAAUAAAAAUUGUUCCAGCACCCCUGGCUGGAAGGCAGCUGACAGUUUAAAGUAAAGGGUGCACUUCUAGUGCAAACUAUCCUCAAAUGACUUUAUAGACAGGGGACCUUUUCUCAGAUCUUAUUUUUAUACCAUUCUCUGUCUGGGUAUAGCAGAGACUGGUUUGUUGUAGAUAAUUAAAACCUAAUAAAGUGGGGUCCAAUCAAAUCAUACGUUUUCAUUUUACCUUCAAGGAAUGACAUACCCGCUUAGUACUGUUGCCAUAUAAAGACCCAGUUUGCGAAAGAUUUCCCAGUCCUCAACUUCUAUUAUCUUCCCAGCAAUCAAGAACAAAAUGCCAAGUGGCAUAUACCUAGGGUGCACAAACAGCUUAAUUAAAAAUGCAUCCUUUUGCAAAGCUGAUGUUGCUACACAGAUCUGGCACAAUAUUUUCUUUCUGCAAGAAGAAAGAUUUAUUUUCAUCACUGUAAAAAUAAAGGAGAAUUUGGGGUAGGAUUCUGCAAUACAGCUGAAUUUACUCACUUUCAAAGGUACUACAUUAGAAGUGAUUUUUAAUAUUAAAACAUUAGUGUUUGCAUGUUUAGAUGUCAGAGUAAAUAUAGCAGUAACCAGAGUCUACAUGUAAUGAGUAAAGACAUAUUAACAGAGGUUGGAGAGAUGGGUGAAGGAUUACAAACUAUGCCCCAAUCCUGCAGAAUCUUAUGAAUGUGCAUAACUUUACUCACAUAUGUAAGAGUUUGCAUGAUUGGGGCCUAUAACCUUAUCCUUCAAAGAAAGUUCCCUUCUUCUCACAUGGAUUGCAGUGCAGAAUCAGGGGGCUAUAUCUUUAUAUAAGAAUAUACGUUUUAAUAUAUCAGGACAAUGCAUUUGUCUUCGCAUUGUGUCAUAGAGAACAGAGCUACCAUUUAAUUAAGGCAAAAGUUAUUGCUUUACAGCCAGAUUAUGUCUGGCUCUGUUCACCUGUGAUCUCACAUGCAUACAGCCCGAUCCUAUAAACUCUUAUUAGGGUGUAUAGUGCACACUGCCAGGACUGGCGGUCCUUUUUCAGGUCACAGUAGUAAACACCACACUCUAAUUAUCAAGUGUUUUCAGGGUCAAACCUUAUAAAGGCCUGGGUGAAAACUGGCCCUGAUCCUGCAAUCUGAUUUCCACAAAGUCCUAUUACAGAUAAUGGAGUACUGAACAGCUGUGUGGUCAGGCUGCAGGAUUUUAUUCCAAUUUCAAGAUCAAGACCUGUGUUUGUAAUCUGGUUUCACUGUCCAAAGUAUAUGUAGUAUAAUCUCACAAAACCUAACAAUAUUGGGUUAAUGAUGCUGAAGUUUUAAAUUACAUUACCACUUUGUAUUUGUUAAUACCGAAUAAAUGAGGGUUCAAA